CUGCUGGAAAAAGAGAAUCACAGCUUCUUGUCGACUCUCGCCAUUCGCCCAGACAGCGGGACUGAUUCGAAAAAAGACCAUCUGUACUUGCUUGCAGUCUACUUCUUAUUCCUCUUCUGUAUCACUUCUCGUGAAUACCGAUAAUCCUACGCGAUCAAGACUGUUGAAUUUGAUUCCGCGGGGUUCCGCACGCUCUCAAAAAUGGAUAUGGAAAAGGUCACCGAGCUGCUGACCGACUUCGUCGGCCAGCUCCUCGCCGCCGCGGAAGCCACCCUGAAGCGGUUCGUCAACCGGUUCUCUGCCUCGUUCACGACGGGCGACGCCAAGCGCUGGGUGCGCGUGCUGCUGAUCGUCUUCGCCUACCUGCUCGUGCGGCCGUAUAUCGACCGGUUCUUCAAGUGGUCGUACGAGCGCGACCGGCUCAAGCGCGAAGAGAAGAAGAAAAAGGAGGAAGAGGCGUUCGGGGUGACGGAGGACUCGCAGGCGAAGGUCUCGGCCAACUCGCUGCGGGGCGGCGGUGCUGCCGCCGCUGCUGCUCCCAGGGAACCGGGGAAGGUGCUCGGUGAGGUGGAAAACUCGGACGACGAGAUCAACGAGGCGGAGGAAUUUGCAACGGCGAGUGGCGUGCCGGAGUGGGGGAAGAACGCUCGCAAGAGGCAGAAGAAGUACCAGAAGAAUCUGGAGAAGGGGGGCAACACUCGUGCGAAGAACCUGUCGGAGGACCAGAUCAAGGAGUUGCUCGAGUGGAGUGAUUCGGAGUGAUCAUUUCUUCAAAAUUUGCUCAAUCAUUAAAUACAGUCGAUUAAUAAAAGAAUCAUCAGAUUUCGUUCAUUGUAUACAAUAUCUAGUGCAGCCGUCUCAAUGCCUCAACCAUCCCACGGACAGAAUCAACGUCGAGUUCCUCGCCCACCAAGCCUACAAUCUCCUCCUGCACAGGCGGCUCGAGCUGGAGGAACCGCUCGAUCAGAUCGCCGUCGACGAAACGGAAGGGCUCCUCGGACGCGCGCACCAGACUGCGGAACGCACGGAACUUGGUGAAGGGCAGCCCGCCCAGGGAGUCGAUAUACGCGGCCAUAGUUGACUGGAGACGCAUGAGGAAGUCCUGGUGCGCUGCAUUGAUCAGAGCGAACAGAUAGAUGGAUCCUUCGACCUG